AUGUACACGAUUGAAUUCCAAAAGAGGGGAUUGCCCCAUGCGCACAUAUUGAUAUUCCUACACCCUCAGAGAAAAUACCCAACACCCUCUGACAUAAACAAGAUCAUUUCUGCUGAAACACCUGACCCGAUUGUUCACCCUAAUUUAUACAAGUUGGUUAAGGCACAUAUGAUGCAUGGACCUUGUGGCCUCUCACGGAUGAACUCACCAUGUAUGAAAAAUCGGAGAUAUUCUAAAUACUAUCCCAAAAAGUUCAUCGAACACACUAUUGUUGAUGUAGAGGGAUAUCCGCUUUAUAGAAGAAGAUCUAAAACUUUCACUAUUGAAAAAAGCGAAAUCACGUUGGACAAACGACAUGUAGUUCCGUAUAACACCAUAUUUCUUAUGAAAUACCAGGCACAUAUAAACAUGGAAUGGUGUAAUCAGAGUACUUCAAUAAAAUAUCUUUUCAAAUAUAUCAAUAACGGCUAUGAUAGAAUAACAGCAGCAGUUUCCACAAAUGACAAUCAACCCAUCGAUGAAAUCCAACAAUAUCUCGAUUGCAGGUAUGUCUCCCCCAGUGAAGCAUGCUGGCGCAUUUACUCUUAUAAUAUUCAUGGUAGAAAACCUGUUGUAGAGCAUAUGUUUUAUCAUUUAGUCGGGGAGAAACCUAUCUACUACACCGAUUACGCACACAUGGAGAAUAUAUUGGAAAAUGCAAGUGUGACUGAAUAUAUGUUUACUGCAUGGCUGGUGGCAAAUGCUAAAUAUGAAGAAGCACAAGCAUUAACUUACGGUUAA